UUUAUGGUUUGUUUCGUGUUGCAUAAUCCAAUGAGACCAGAAGAAGAAGACGACGACCAAGAAGAAACAAGUAAUUGACCAACGCCAAAACAAAACAAACAAGAUAAGACGGACCAACAAUGUCGAUGGAGAUCCAAGAUCCGGAGUUCAAACCUAAACCCAAUCCCAAUUCAUCCCCAAACAUUUCACCAUUGCCCAACGCCGCCACCUCCUCCUUCUCAUCCGGACCAACGUCGCUCCUUCACGCACCCGCACUCCUAAGGGGUGGGCCUCACCAUAGGAGGGCCCACUCCGAGGUUAGCUUCAGAAUGCCGGACGACAUGUCCAUGAUGAUGACGGAUCUGUCGCCGCCGCCUGGUCCCAUAAGCGGAGGUGGAGCUGCAGCUGCCGGAGGGGGCGGAGGAUCUUCCACCGCUAGCUUUGAGGAGAUCGGAUCCGAAGAUGACGUCUUCUCCACCUACAUUGACGUUGACAAGCUGGCUGGAGGAAGCAUUGGUUCCGGAGAUUGUGCUGCUGGACGGAACUGUACGGAUCAUACUGCUGCUGCUGGUGGAGGAGGAGACAAGAUGCCAACGUCAUCCACAUCGAAUACGACCUCGUUGUCGAGGCCGAGGCACAGGCACAGCAAUUCGAUGGACGGAGGGAGUAGUAUGUACGGUGGUGCGGAAAUUAUGGAGGCUAAGAAAGCAAUGCCUCCUGAUAAGCUUGCGGAGCUCUGGAACCUUGACCCCAAGCGCGCGAAAAGGAUACUGGCAAAUAGGCAGUCUGCAGCUCGCUCAAAGGAAAGGAAGGCUCGGUAUAUUCUUGAACUUGAACGAAAAGUUCAGACUCUGCAAACAGAAGCGACCACCCUGUCUGCCCAGCUCACACUAUUUCAGAGGGAUACAACUGGUUUGAGUAGUGAAAAUACAGAGCUCAAGCUUCGGUUACAAGCUAUGGAGCAACAAGCUCAGUUGCGUGAUGCUCUAAACGAAGCACUAAAGAAGGAAGUUGAGAGGCUCAAGAUUGCCACUGGGGAGAUGAUGAGUCCUUCAGAGUCAUUUAAUUUAGGAAUGCACCACAUGCAAUAUGUCCCCUCAGCUUUUCUACCUAUUCCCCAACAACUAGGCCCAGCUAGCCACCCGAAUAUGCAGCUGCCACCAUUCAGUCAUUCUCAAGCUAGCAUGCCAAGUCACCAUCUUCAUCAUGCAAAUUCUCAUCAUAUCUCAGAACUUUUACAGAACGACCCUCUUGGCCGAUUACAGGGGCUUGACAUUGGUAGUAAAGGAUCAAGUCUGAUGAAGUCGGAAGGCCCCUCACUUUCUGCCAGUGAAAGUAGCUCCACAUAUUGACACAAACUGGCUGCUGACGUGCUGACUCUUCCAUGGCAUGCUUGUGUUGUAGGUUGUUAAUAGACUGACGUUCUAUCAUUUAGAGAAGGUACUGUUUCUUUAUUCUAUUUAUUCCAUUCCUGUUGUGGGGUUCAAAUUCUUGAUUGUUUAUUCUUCGGGUUUUCCCAGAAUACCGGGAAUCACCCUUUAGGGUUUUGAUGUGUCGGUCAUGAGCCUAUUGUUGACCAUUCUUUUUUUAUAUCUUGGGAAUCCUAGGACAUACGGGCUGAAGGGUCAUCCCGGUUAGAUGUUAAGAUAUCACCAUCCAUUCUGUUUCUUUGUCUCAAUCUCAGAUGAUACAGUUGUUGUCCAUGUAGUUGUUGUGUUUAGUUAUGUUGGUUACAUAGCAUGUUUAUGGGAUCUUGGAUUAUAAAGGAGAAACUUUGUUUGUGUGCUUGUACUUGUAUGAUUGGUUGGGAGGUGGGAAAAUGAUAUGUUUAGCAAAGAAGAAUCCAAAGUGAUUAGUCUGUAAAAUAUAUUAUUAUAUUUGAUUGUGGGUGUUGAAAGUUGAUGGAUA